UCAUUUCAAUGUUAAGAUUUUAAAUCAUUCUUAACCAGCCAUGGCUGUUGCAAUGAUCUCGUAACUGAAGUUAUCUUUCGCCACAUUUCUUUACGAAAAAGAACAUCAUUAGAGAGCUCUUGGAAUCUAAGGUACUUUCUACCUGAUUAGUUGAAACUAACCAGUCAAUUUACCAAGCUGUCUAGCACUCAGAUAAUCAAGUUACUAAGUCAUUAAGCUACUCAACAGUCCACCAUGUACUCUUUAUUCAGAAGGAGUACCCUUAUUAAAAAAGGGUUUCAAUCGACCGAAAUAAAGCAUGAAGUCAUUUUUAAUUCCUAUGAAGAACUGGAAGAGAAACCGUCUCUUUUGGAAGGCGAUCAUGAAGAUAUGAGUAACAAGCUGUACAGUUUCCACAAUGGAUUGGUUUACUUGAAGCAGGUUGACUGUCCUUCUCGGACGCAUGCUGUGGCCCCGGAUGGUGAGAUUCCUAAUUCAGUGGUUCGCAGAAAGAAGAUUGUCGAAGAGGUUGUUGAAGAGAAACCUAAGGAUAAGCUAAUAUCCGGAGUCUGGAAAAUAGAUAGACCGAUUGAUAUUGAUGCUGCUCAGCUUGGAGAGUCUUUGGUCAGCGUAAUUGAUGCAAGCUUGAUAACCCAGUCCUUGGAAGAAAUUAAAGCAAUGAGCGAAGAUCGAUCAAUGUCUGAACGUGAAAAGGCUGAGGACAAAGCAGAAAUGUUUCCAAAUCUUGCACUUCCUGGAUGGCAGAAAUCAAAACUGUACAAUAUCUGUAAAAAAUUAUUCGAGGAACCAGCUUUUAAACUUCCUUUAGAUGUAGAUUGGAAUGCUGUCUUUGAGCAUUUAAUUUCCAUGCUAGAUUCCAAAGAAUUUCCACUUUUCUCAACAGCUUGCAAGUAUAUAGUUGAAUUAAACAAUAGCCGCGCUGUUUCUGAUGACCACAGGAAAGAUAUAGGCGUCAAACUUUACUCAAGGCUGAAACCAAGGGAAGAUCCCAAUAUCAAGAUUGCUUCGUUAAAAACUAUUGGAGCUAUGGAUAUAAGAAGAGAGCAAGAUUAUGGCUUGAUCAGAGAGAACAUAGAUUCUGAUGAUAUUGAUGUGUCUACGGCUGCAGUGGAGCUGAAGAAAUUAUUCAAAAUUCCGGAUGAAGUCAAAGAGGAACCAAAGUCGAAGUCAAGAGUGGAAGUUACAAUGAGACAAAAGAUGCCAAGGAAACUAUUGUCCGGAGAAGCUGGCAGAUUACAGAAAAUGUCAAGAGGUUUUGACCCUCGAAAGCAAAAAUCCAUUUUGAAAGACAAGAACAUAGCUGAAGACGGAGUUCCAGUGUCAAAGCCUGAUCCAAAAGCUCCUUCUGCGGAAACUGUAACGGAUGUUGACUCUGCUAAAUUGAAAGAGCAAAAGACGGCAGAGGAAGAAAAGAAAGACAAGGAAGAAAAGAAAGACAAGGAAGACAAGGAAAUGACAAAAGGGGACCAGAAACCAGUAAAAAAAGAAGUAAAAUUAGCAAUGGAAAGAGGAAAACAAAAAGAAAAAAUAGAGGAAAAAGAAGGAGCAUCAACAGAAACAACAGAGAAAGGAGAAAAAGAAAGGGAAAGAGGAAAAGAAAGAGAAAAAGAAAGAGAAAGAAUAAAAGCCAAAAGAUUACCAAUGGAUAAGGAAAUAUUAGAACAAGAGGAAUCAAGAAAAUCAAUACUGGCAGAGAUUGAACGUUUGCGUCGGAAAAUGGAAUCUGAAGGAUUGACAGAAGAAGAGGCGGCAAGACUUGCAGAGCUUGAAGCAAAGAAUUUGGAAGUUGAAAAGGCUUUAAAAUUGAAGAAAAAAGAACGAAAGAUGUUGGUAGCACAAGCAGCUGCUUUAGCAUAUGAAGAAGCUGAGAGUUUGACAAUGGAAGAAGGUGAGAAGUUAAAGAGGAAAAAAGGUAAAAGGAGGCAUGUAAAGGAUGAAGGACAACUUUUGGGUGCGAAGGAUGAAGGACAACUUUUGGGUGCGAAGGAUGACGGACAACAUUUAGGUGCGAAGGAUGAUGGACAAGUUUUAGGUGCGGAGGAUGAACAACAACUUUUGGCUGAGAGAGAAAUAUCUGAAAGAUUGUCAACGGAUGAUGAAGAAGAUGAAGAAGAAGAAGUAGAAGAGGAGACUGAAAGCGAAACCGACAGUGAGGAAAUGAGAUUUCUGGAAGAACUUCUGGAUUCAGGUGUAGACUGGAAGCAAGCGUUAAUGGCAAGAUCUUUACAACAGGGAUUAGACGAUGAUGCUUACGAUGAAGAUAGUGUAACCUUUCACCACCCUACGGACAUGAUUCGGAAACCCCUUGUUCAUUCUAAAUCCUCAAUACCUGUUAAAAUGUAUAAACUCCACAAGCUUUUGAGACGUAGAGCUCAGCAAAGGGGAGAAGACAUACAAGAGCCUGAGAAGAAAGCUGCUCCUCGUCCUAAACCUAGACCACCUAGUAUACCAAAUUACGAAUCCAAAAAAAUACCAGGAUAUUUAGUUAGUGAUGCUUUCAAGAAACCGGAUAAAUCACAUGAGAAAUUCUUUAAGAGGUCUCUCCUGUCGAGCCGCGCUGCACCAACACCUACGCAACGACUUGUUGCUCAUUUAGAUGAGCCAUCGAAAAAUCACAGAAAAUGCUUUGAGUUAGAAAGUUCAGAUAAUUUGCCGACUGUCCUGUCAGCUUAUGAAGUCGAAACACCUGUGGUGGGAGAAUCUGCGUUACAUACAAGAAUGCCACAACUGACAGACCAACCAGUCUUGGUUAUUAUUGAGGAUUACCAGGAACCUGUAGUUCCAAGUGAAGCACUGGUUCCUAGAAAGAAAGAAAAAGUUGUUGCACCUUUUAAAGAAGGAGAAGAAGAAAGAGAGGAAGAAGGAGUGGAAGAAGGAGAGGAUAAAGAAAUGGAGGAAGGUGUUAAAAAAGAAGAGCAUGCAGAGAAAGGCAAAGGAAAGAAAGGUGAAAAAGGUAAGCGAAAGAAGACGGAUUCAACACCAAAGGUAGAAAUCCCAUCUACAUCAGGAGAAGGGAAGCCUGUACAGAGCUCAUCAGCUCCAGAUGUGACGGAAGGUAAAGUACCAAUUGCUUCAGAAGAGUCAACCACUGAAAAAGGCAGAAUAGAAUCAGAACCAUUUAUUCACGAAAAAGAUGCAGGAUCACCACUAACACAGUCUGCAGAAGCUCGAGGAGUUGCAGUGCCAGGUGCUGCACCAAAAGUACCAGAAACGACACUAAUAACAGAAAAAUCAAAAUCAAAAGUAAAAGAAGAAGAGGAACUGGAGAGUUUGAUGACGACAGAAAAACGGGUUCCUGGUAAGGCAAGUGUUGAUCUAGAACCCUUGGAAGAGAUUGCUGAAGUUUUAUCGAAAAGUGAAAUGGAAUUACGUAACCUUAUUAAAAGAAGAGGCAGUAGAAGGGAAGUCAAGACGACGAUUGAAAAAAGUCGUAAAAUGAUCUCUGACCUCAUGACAAAGGACAAAAAGAAAGAAGCAGCACUUGUAGAUGCUAAGUGGGCAAAAGAAACAGAACGGAUAAUUCCAGCUUCAGAAGAAAGAGCAAUGGCAUGUGAAAGGUAUAAACUGUGGUCUGAACAUAGAGAGAAUCCUGUGUUUGAAUCAUUGGAGCCAUCAAUACCUGCUCUGGCUAAUGUUAGAAUAACUAUGCUAUCUGAUAAACUAUCUGAAAAAGAGGAAGAAUUUAAACCAAGCUUUCCAAAGAAAAUAUAUGAAACACAAAUAAGAAAAGUGCCAACGGGUUCCAUGAUGCCAACCACAUUAAAAGAGAAAUUCGUACCAAUUUCAGAAGAGAAAUAUUAUUCAGAGAAAGAAUGGCAACAGCUAAUUAAUGAGAAACGAGGACAAUUGUUAAAGAAACAAUUAGAUAUGGAAUGGAAGAAAGAAAAGAGGGAAAUGAGAAUAGAUGACCAGAUCAAAGAAGUGCCUAGAGAAGAGGAAAUUGAAGAGGAAAAAGCAUUAGCAUUAGAAUUAGAAGAGCUAACAGAAGGAUUAGCAUUGGAGCCUGGAGCUGAAUUUACAAAGAAGGAUAAAGUUUCAAAGAGACAUCGAAAGAAAAUUUCUGAUGAUGAGGUAGAAAAGAAAAAAAAGACGCGUUCAUCCGAGGAAUAUUUUGUGAAACCUCUGACCUCCGAAGAAAAGUUAGCUGCUAGUGAGGCAGAGAUAGUGGACGAGUCAGUGAGCUCACUAAAAGCACUAUUGCCAUCUGCAAUGUCACCAUAUCUACUUGACUAUCAGCAAUUCAGUAGAGUUCAGCAUGAAAUGAAACACAAGAAAGCAAUGGAAAGAUUAAAAUAUAUAGAAGAUGUCCAGUUAGCGCCGAUGAGUGAUGAGCUGUACAGAGUGACAUGGGAAAAGUCAUUUAGUAGCAUUAAAGAACCCAAAGAUAAAAUGAAAUUACCUAGGAUCAAGUAUUUGGUAAAAGCGUCUCCCAAAAGAUCUUUUACGUCUGUAAGAAGAGAGUCCUUUACAUUGUAUGGAAAAGAACUAUAUCCGCCAAUUGAUGAUGAGACGAUGUUUAAUCCUCAAAGGGAGACCCGGUUGUUGAUAGAACGAGAGAAGAUUUUUUCCAAAAAAAUAAAGAAGCCUUUAUCAGAGAUCACGAAGAAGUAUAAAGGCACAUUUGAAGAAACAAUUCAAGAAAAACGCCCAACAGAAACUGUGGAACAUAUGAGGUACACAAAAUGCUUGCCAACGAUCAGAGAUUCAGGAAAAGCUGUUGAUAGUAAAUAUGCAUCAAAGAGUGAGAUCAAACAACCACAGAAAAUUUCGGCUGCUCCUCCUCAGUAUUAUAACCUGUUCGUGUCAAAAAAGUUUAAUGCUUAUCGGAGGCAGAGUGAUUAUCUUGCUCAGAAAUCUCAGAUGAAAUCAUACAUGAAAUAUUCCAGACCAGAAUGGUAUCCUGAAGACAAGAAACUAAUGUUCAGCCCAAAUUACUAUCAACAACUUGAGAAGACACCAGAAGAUCACCGCAGGCCGCAUAGUACCAUCUACUAAAAUAUGUAACACACAAAUAAAAAGCGGAAAUACCUAUACUCAAA